AUGGACGUCGAGAAGUUGUCAGCCCUUUCCCUCUCUUCGGCUCCGCCCCCGUUCCGGGGCCAAUUUCCUCCAACACCCCCGUUGCAAGACUUUUAUGAGCACCAAAACGCCGGUCUUUUCCCAUCGGCAUCGAACGGGCACGAGCGCUGUUUUCCUCCCGUUUAUCCCCUACCUCCACCAUCAAGAGAGAACAAGGUCCUCGCCGAAGACCUCAAGACCCCGGACCACCACGUGGAACGAGAUCCCCGCCUCAUCCGGCUCACUGGCACCCACCCAUUCAACGUCGAAGCACCACUCAGCGACCUCUACGAUGAAGGCUUCCUAACAACCAAAGACCUGCACUAUGUCCGCAACCAUGGCGCCGUCCCCCUCGUCAACGACGCCGACGUCCUCGACUGGGAGUUCUCCAUCACGGGUCUCGUUGACCAACCGACCACACUCACCUUGCGCGAUCUGAUCCAGACCUACGAGCAGGCCACAUACCCGAUCACGCUGGUGUGUGCGGGCAACCGGCGCAAGGAGCAGAACGUGGUGCGCAAGACGAAGGGCUUUUCCUGGGGCGCCGCAGGGGUCUCAACGGCGCUGUGGACAGGUGUCGCUCUGGGCGAUGUGCUUGCGCGUGCGCGCCCGACUCGCCGCGCCCGGUAUGUCUGCUUCGAUGGCGCCGACCGCCUGCCCAAUGGGUUCUACGGCACGUCGGUGCGUCUUAGCUGGGCGAUGGACCCAGAGCGCGGCAUGAUGCUUGCUCACCGCAUGAAUGGUGAACCGUUGUCACCGGACCACGGUAAACCCUUGCGCAUUGUUAUCCCGGGUCAGAUUGGGGGUCGGAGUGUGAAGUGGCUGAAGAAGAUUAUCGUCACCGACAAGCCGAGUGAUAACUGGUAUCAUAUCUACGACAACCGCGUGCUCCCGACUACGAUAAGCCCCGAGGAGAGUGCGGAUUUACCAGAGACUUGGAAGGAUGAAAGGUAUGCGAUCUACGACCUCAACACCAACAGCGCGGUCUGUUAUCCGGCACACGACGAAAGAGUCCCAUUGCCCGCUGGGUACGAGGGGGGCGUGUACAAGCUGAAGGGGUAUGCGUACGCUGGAGGAGGGAAGAGGGUGACGAGGUUAGAAGUAACGCUGGAUCAGGGGAAAUCAUGGACUCUCGCCAAUGUCUCCUAUCCAGAAGACCUGUACCGGCUCGCUCCCGAGGGAGAGAUGCUGUACGGCGGACGAUUGGACAUGACGUGGCGCGAUAGUUCCUUUUGCUGGUGUUUCUGGGAGCUGGACCUGCCGCUUUCCCUCCUAGCUACGGCAGGAGACGUUAUGGUUCGGGCCAUGGACGAUGCCAUGAUGGUACAGCCGCGGGAUAUGUACUGGAGCGUGCUGGGCAUGAUGAACAACCCCUGGUACCGAGUGGUGAUUCACAAAGAGGCGCAUGCGCUGCGGUUUGAGCAUCCUACUCAACCGGCGUUAAUUCCAGGGGGGUGGAUGGAGAGGGUCAAGAAGGCAGGCGGAAAUAUUACCAACGGGUUCUGGGGCGAGAAGAAGGCUGGCGAAAGCGAAACGCCAGUGGCGGAGCUGGCGCCCGUCAAGGAGAUCAGUAUGGUAAACGACAAAGUCGACCAGAAAAUCACGGCAGAGGAGCUGCAACAGCAUUCCGGGGAGCAUGAACCGUGGUUCAUCGUCAACGGGCAGGUGUAUGAUGGUACCAAAUUCCUCGAGGGCCACCCCGGUGGUGCUACAUCCAUCAUUAACGCCGCAGGACAAGACGUAAGCGAGGAGUUUCUCGCUAUCCACAGCGAAAACGCCAAAGCCAUGAUGCCCGAUUACCACAUUGGCACCGCCCCAGCCGAAACCACCACCGACUCUCCCUCUCACGCCCUCCUCUCCGAAGACCCAGUCUUCCUCAACCCCAAAACCUGGCGCCCCGCUAUUCUCUCCGCCAAAACCCCCGUCUCCCACGAUUCCACAAUAUUCCACUUCACCCUCGCCAGCCCAACCCAAACCGUAGGCCUGCCUGUCGGCCAACACCUACUCAUGCGCCUGCGUGACCCAGCCACACGCGAAGCCAUCAUCCGCGCCUACACGCCGAUCACCUCCUCCCCAUCCGACCCUGCCGGUGAGCUGUGCGUGUUGAUCAAGAUCUACCGCCCCGGGCCGGGCCAACAGCAGGGAGGGAAAAUGACACAGAACCUUGACUCGCUCCCACUUGGCCACCCGGUCGAGUUCAAGGGCCCCGUGGGCAAAUUUGUGUAUCACGGCAGCGGGCGGUGUAGUAUCAACGGUAAAGAGCGGGUAGUCAAGAGGUUUGUGAUGGUCUGUGGUGGUUCGGGCGUGACGCCCAUCUUUGCGGUGCUGCGGGCCGUGGUGAGGGGGGAUGGUACGUCGGGUCUCGGGCCUGAUUGUGUGGUGUUAGAUGGGAACCGGGAGGAAGGUGAUAUUUUGCUUAGAGAGGAGUUGGGUGCGUUGGAGGCGGAGAGUAACGGACGGUGUAGGGUUGUGCAUGCGUUGAGUCGGCCGGGCGAAGGGUGGAAGGGGAUGAAGGGGAGACUGGAUCAGGGGUUGUUCGAGAGGGAGGUUGGGUUGCGAGGCAGUGGUCGGGGGGAUACGAUGGUGUUGGUGUGUGGGCCGGAGGGCUUGGAGAAGGCUACGAAGCAAGCGCUUCUGAAGAUGGGCUGGGAGGAGGAUGAUUUCUUGUUCUUUUAG